UCAGCGCCUGUGGACUCGCCGCGAAAACACACCUCUAUAACCUUUAUAUUCAUAUAGUUUUUUUCUAAAGCCGAGUUUAAUCGCGGUCGUCACAUGUCGGUGUUGAGAUAGGAAUACAUCGCCAUCUGACUUUGUCUGAAAAAAGGACCUUUCUGAACAGAUUAAUUGCCUUUGACGGGAGAAGUAUGGUGGACAACGCGAGCAUAGCAACCAAAUCCGCACUGCAAGCCACGUUUUCGUCGGCCAGCGGUCUCCCCUUACUCGUCCCCUCUUCGGCCGCCUCGCACGGCCACUUCUCCGCCGCUUCGCCUCAGCAGCAGCAGCAGAGCCACGGCGGCGGCGGCGGUAUGAAGUUGGAGGCGGUCAUGGAGAACCUGCAGCGGCAGCAGGCUGCCCGUCUCGCCCUGGAGGAGAAGCUCCGGCAGGCCGAGAGAGACGGCGACUUCAGGGCGGCCGUGGAGACUCACAUGCAGCAGCAGGCUCUGGCUUUCCGCCACUAUCACGCGUCCGUCCGCGGAGCGCUGGCCGGUGCAGGGGCGCCCAGCUCCACAGAGAGGCACCGAGGAAGUAGCGGCGGAGGACAGAUCGACCUCCGGCGGCCCCCUCAGCGCUCCGACACGGACGAGGAGCAGGACGCGGAGGAGCUGGAGGACCAGGAAAACGGCGGCCAGGACGACGACGACGACCUCGGAGAAGGUGACAGCGCCAACGAGGGCGAUUUGGAAGAGGAGAUGGAAGGCGUCGACAGCGUCCUGGCGCACUACCCGUCUCGCCACAGCCUCCAUUCCCCGAAAAGUGCUCUCCCUUUGGCCAGAGUGCAGCAGCCUCCGUACCUGACGGCGCCCAGGCAGCCCGGCUCUCCGAGCGGCCUGGCGACUCACACAAACCCGCAGCAGCACGAGUGGACUUACCAGGAGCAGUUCAAGCAGUUGUAUGAGCUGGAUGAUGAUGAAAAAAGAAAAGAAUUUCUCGACGAUCUCUUCAGCUUCAUGCAGAAAAGAGGGACUCCAGUGAAUCGGAUUCCUAUCAUGGCCAAGCAGGUGUUGGAUCUCUACACUCUCUACAAGCUUGUCACCGAAAAAGGCGGCUUAGUGGAAGUCAUCAAUAAGAAAAUAUGGCGCGAGAUUACCAAAGGCCUGAACCUCCCUACCUCCAUCACCAGUGCAGCUUUCACUCUCCGGACCCAGUAUAUGAAGUACCUAUAUCCCUAUGAAUGUGAAAAGCGGGGACUCAGUUCACCUGGGGAGCUGCAGGCAGCUAUCGACAGCAACCGCCGCGAGGGUCGCCGACAGAGCUAUGGCUCCGCACUCUUCAACUAUUCCCCCGUAGGCACACCCACCCUGCUGCCCUCCCCCAAGCUGACCAUGCCCCACAUCAGCAUGCCCAGCCCCAACGGAGCGCAAAUGGCCCACACCCCUGUCAUCAAGAAAGAAGACCCCAUGCUGCCUGGCUGUUUGACCAACCGAGUGGGCAUCCCCGUGUCUCUGGCAGGACACCACGGCGUGGCGGCUCAGGCUGCAGCUGCCCAGGCUGCGGCUGCAGCGGCAGUUCAGGCGGCUGCACUGGAGCAGCUGCGGGAGAAGCUGGAGGCUGGAGAGCCACCAGAGAAGAAGGUGAUGCUGAUGGCCGAAGAGCAGCAGAGGAUCAUGCAACAUGCGCUGCAGCACAACCUCUUCGCCAUGGCAACCCAGCUGCCUAUGAACAUCAAGCUGAACAACAGAGAUGAUAGACAAGAGACCGCAUUGAACCUGUCUACCAACGGCAUUAGCAGCAUCAACAUGUCAAUAGAAAUAAAUGGAGUUGUCUACACAGGUGUGCUGUUUGCUCGCAAGCCGGCCAUUUCGGUCAUGCCCGGCAGCCAGCGAGUCCAGCACCACGCCGGCUCUCAGGGAAAGAGCAGCAGCCCCGGGCUCAGCAGCCACAUCCAGCCGUCCUCUUCCUCCUCCUCCACAUCCUCCUUGCACGGACCAGCUGCCUCGCCUUGAGCCACUCCCCCUGAAUGCCACUGAACCUGCUCCACUUCUCUCAAAGACCCAAGCAGGCUGCUGUACUAUCUGCUUCUCUUUUUUUCCCCCUACAUAUCCUCUGAUGGUGGCUCUCUGACCUUUUUUCUUUCUUUUUUUUUUUUCUUUUUUAUACGUCCUCCAAUGAUCCUAUGGCGGAAUCCCACGACUAUCUCCUGCGAAGUACUUCUAAGAGAGAAUAAAAGGUUACUGCUUUGUCCAGGCGAAUUAAGCAGCGGCUUAUGGCAGCACGUGUGAAGUGCAUUAAAUAUACAUACGGAGCAAGCUUUUAUUUUCCCUCCGAGGACAUGUUUUUAAGUGUGAAGCUUCUUUGCGAGGCUCGCUACGUGACAGUGCCACAAACACAGGCGGCCGUAAGAUGAUGAAAAAGGACAAAAAGCUGAAGAACAGAAUGCUUCAGUUGUUUAAAUGAGGCAUUUCUGCUGGAUUCUCCACAUAAGUACAUACUUGUUGGCUGUUGAGCAUGAAAGUACAUUUUGUCUUUUUCAAGUAUCUUCAUGUGAAUUAUUGGAUCAAACAACAGACUAGCUCUACUUUCAGCUAAUACCAAAGAGGAUAUGGGUAACAUUGUAAUGGUGUUUGUGACGUCCUUUGCAUAUGUAUAGCUUCUCCUGUCAUCGCCACAUUUAGA